AUGUCAACUGCGAUUGUAAAAGGGAUUUGCAGAAAUGAAAUUCGCGAUUCCUUAAAUAUCUGGGUAUCAGGACCUCAUAAGGAAAAUCUUGAACAUUGGAAACAAUAUGGCGCGAAUGUUAUAACUAGCAAUGGAGAAGUUAUUUGUAAUUGUGAUAUAGUAUUCAUUGGAGUAAAACCUGCAAUGCUGGAGGCUGCUAUAUGUAAUUGCUACUUACCAACAAAAAAUCCUAAAAAUAUUCUUUUCAUAUCUAUGCUUGCUGGAGUGAAUAUACAGAAAUUGAAACAGGUGUUAAAGCAGUUGCCGUUUGAUUCCAAUGUGAUCCGUAUUUUUCCAAACACACCUAUGUCGGUGGGUGCUGGUUCAUGUUUAUAUGCCGUAGAUGAAAAUGUAACUCAAGAACAAUGUGCUACAUUGGAGAAGUUACUAGCAGGCUGUGGUAUGUGUGAAAAGGUUUCUGAACCAUUGAUGGACUCCUUGGGAAUUCUUACAGGAUGUGGACCUGCUUUUAUGUACAUGAUAAUAGAAGCCCUGGCCGAUGGUGCAGUAAAGCAGGGUGUUCCCCGAGCUAUGGCUCUCCGGCAUGCAUCUCAAAUGAUGGCCGGCAGUGCAACCAUGGUGUUACAAAGCAAUAAGCAUCCGGGACUGCUAAAGGAUGAAGUCUGCUCGCCGGGAGGAUGUACUAUUGCUGGAGUUGCCGCCCUUGAGAACGGAAAGCUAAGGGCUACAAUGAUAAAUGCUAUAGAAGCAGCAACAUUAAGAGUCAAGGAGAUGAGCAAGAAUUAA